GUUUCUGAUUACCAAUGAAAGUUCUUAUUCUUGCUUGAUUACUGGUUUUAUGCAGUGCCAUAAAUUCCUUCACAAUUGGGUCUACAACGGCGAUGGAAGACUCAGAAUUCGAUAAUUAUAUCAGAAGCCCUCAGAAGAGAAGAGAGCAGCACCAGAGUAAAGAGCUUAAUGAGAGAUUGAUCAGCGAAGAGAAACAGAGGCUCCAGCAACUCAGCGGAACUGGCGAUAUCACUGAUGAGUAUUUGGAUGAGAAGAUCAUCAAUCUAGCAAGGCGAGAAGCAUCUCAGUUUAUGCUCCAAAGAUAUGCACGUGAAUGGCAGAUUAAUAGAGUUAUACUACAGAAUAAUGUUAGUAGAGGAGAUUCUCUCGAUGAUUGCGAUGAAGGGUGUUAUGAUCAUGGGAUUUGCAGGAAUUUCACUUGAUAUUGUUACAAAGAAUAUAGUGGAGAUAAAUGUGAGAAGUUAGUAGACGACUACGAAGACGGUGUUAAAUACUACAUCGUCGCUCUAAUCUGCUUCAUCACACUCCUCCUCGCCUUCACCCUCAACUGAAUCCUCAUCGGCACUGGCGAAGACAUCAAGUACGAUAAUGAUGAAGAACAGAAGGAAGAAGAGAAGGAAGAAGCUGAAGGAGAGGAUGAAGAGGAGUAGUUGUGGAGUAAUUUCAACUGGAAUUAAA